AUGGCCUCCCAUGACGAUGAUACCAUGCCUGAAGAGACUCAGGGCUACAAGCUCUCUCAACCAAAGCAGAGCGUAGCCCAGUACCAAGAAAUGGAUGCUGGAGAUGAGUCUCUGCAGAGGUACAAAAAGUCUUUGGGGCUGGGUGCCGGCAAAGACAUUUCCGACCCCAACGACUCCCGCGUCUGCAUUAUCCUCGCUCUGACCAUGGACUCUGCCGGCCGUGAUCCCGUCACCAUCGAUCUUUCCUCUCCUGGAAGCGAGACCAGCCUAAAGGACAAGCCGUUCAAGAUCAAAGAAGGCUCCAAGUUCACCAUGAGCGCCCAGUUCAAGGUGCAGCACGAGAUUCUGAGCGGCUUGCAUUAUGUCCAGGUCGUCAAGCGCAAGGGCAUCAGGGUGUCCAAGGAUUCCGAAAUGAUUGGGAGCUACGCUCCCAACACUGACAAGCAGCCCGUUUAUAUAAAGAAGUUCCAGGAGGAGGAGGCACCCUCCGGCAUGCUUGCUCGAGGUCACUACAGUGCCGUUUCCAGCUUUGUCGAUGACGAUGGGAAACAGCAUCUCAGCUUUGAGUGGAGUUUUGACAUUGCCAAGGACUGGUAA